ACGUGUUUGCUGCACUGUGCCCGAUAAAACUUUCAUCGAUUAUUGGGAGCGAUGUUGUCAAUUAACAGCUGUUCUGUUGACAAAUGAGAAAAAUGUAAACUGUGAAGUUCUCUACGGUAAAUAAUUUUCUUGUUUAUUUAUUAAUAAAUAAAACACUCAGACCGUAAAUAAAUAAUGGAUUUCGACAGUCCGGAUGUGGAAAAAGAUUUUCCUGGGCUGUAUGCCUCUGAGGGUGGAGAUGGAAAAUCGAAAAAGAGCAAAGAAGAUAGCGAUUAUAGCGAAAGCGACCAUGAUAAAUUAAGUAAAAAGGACUUGCUCAUUGGUAGAAGAAAGGACAAGAAAGAUAAAGGCAAAGACCGCGGUUAUGCGGCGUUGGAGGGAGAAAGCUCUCCAGAGGAGGAUUUGGAUGCCAAAAGUCCAUCGAAAUCCAAAAAAUCAAAGGCAUUCAAAUUUGCUUCUUCAAAAAGUAAAGAGAAGCGUGAAAAGUCGCGUGAUAAGGAAAAGUCGGAGAAGGAGGCACGGGAAGAUGAAAAACCGCAGGAAAAGGUAAAGACUGAAAAAGAAAAGGAUCAUAAGAAGAAAGAUAAGGAGCGCAAGGAAAAAGAAAAGAAGGAAAAAUCAAAAGAUAAAGAAAAGGAUAAAGACAAAAAGGACAAGAAGGCAAAACAAGUAAACAAUGUAUCUGUGGAAGUACUUGAAUUGGGCGACGUACAGCCAGUUUUCGGAGUUUCAAUUAGUUUAGCCACGGAACGGAGCCGCUGUCAUGACGGUGUUGAC